AUGGACGGGGAGGAGGAGAACCCGGGGCCCUUCCGCCGCACGAGCUCGCGGACGCGGCGUAUGGCCUCCCGCAUGGCCUCCGCCCUCUCCAGCUCCGACAACCGCGCUCAGGCUGCUUUGGCUCGUCUUGAUGCGCUUGAGAGUGAUAAUGCUGGGGUUGAGGUGGUGGAUCUCAACGAUGAUGAGUAUGGAUCUACAGAUGGGGAGGACCAUGUUUUGAUGCAAAAGAAGCAGUCAAAGAACAUGAAACGCAAGACAAGGCAAGGAAAAGCUUUGGAGAAAAGGGCGGUAAGAUCUUUCAUGGAUGUUUUACAAGAGGCAAAUCUGGAGGCCUUGCCACCUCAUGUCCCAACAUAUCUGAGGGCUGCUGUGGGUCCACCGAGCACUUCAUCCCGUCGCCAUUACUGCUCUGUUUGUGGGAAUUCUUCAAAUUACACAUGCCCCAGGUGUGGAACACGGUUCUGUUCUUGCCGCUGCCAAGUCAUACACAAUGACACUCGCUGCCCUGUGAGCAUGUGGCACCUAAUGAUCUGUGCUUUUAUCAGAAAGAAAUGCUUAUUGUACAGCUAG